CGCCGCCGCGGCGCGUCGCUGAGGAAUGGCCUCGCUGGACCUGCCCUACCGGUGCCCGCGGUGCGGCGAGCACAAGCGCUUCCGGAGCCUGUCGUCGCUGCGGGCGCACCUGGAGUACAACCACACCUACGAGACCCUCUACGUGCUCUCCAAGACCAACAGCAUCUGCGAUGCCGCCGUCUUCCCCUUGGCCGCCGACGCGUCGCUGCUGACACCGGCCGCCCGGCGGGACUACUUCGAGAGCACCUCCUUCCAGGGCAAGGAGCAGCGCUUCUCCUGCGACCUCGUGCCCGCUGAGGAGCUCGAGCCGGCGCCGUCCUCCUCGCCCUCGCCCCGCUAUGUCCACGAGAUCGAGAUCCCGCUGACGGAGAUCUUCAGCCGCGGCAAAGCCGUGGCGCCGGCCCCCACGCCGCCGGCCCCUAUGGACGCGGCGGCGCCGGCCCCCACGCCGCCGGCCACUAUGGACGCGGCCUACGAGGAGGGCCUGGCCCGCCUCAAGAUCCGCGCCUUGGAGAAGCUGGAGGUGGACAAGCGGCUGGAGAAGCUCACCGAGGAGGUGGAGCAGAAGAUCGCCUCGCAGGUUGGCCGGCUCCAGGUGGAGCUGGACAGGAAGAGCUCAGAGCUGGAAAAGGCCAAGCAGGAGAGCCUGCGGCUCAGCCGGGAGAAGCAGGAGCUGGAGGACCGGGCAUCCGAGCUGUCCCGCCAGGUGGAUGUGAGUGUGGAGAUGCUGGCCUCCCUCAAGCAGGACCUGGUGCAGAAGGAGCAGGAGCUGGCACGCAAGCAACAGGAGGUGAUGCAGAUCGACCAGUUCCUGAAGGAGACGGCGGCGCGUGAGGCCAACGCCAAGGUGCGACUGCAGCACUUCAUCGAGGAGCUGCUGGACCGCGCCGACCGCGCCGAGAAGCAGCUCCAGAUCAUCAGCAGCAGCUGCGGCACCACCCCCAACGGCAGCCUGGGACGCUGCAGCGCGCCCGGCGCCAAGGGCAUCGGCCGCCCGAGAGACAGGCACCCGGGCCCGGGGGUGGCCGUGCACGGCCCAUAUGGCAUUUGCAACCAGCGCUCCUCUUCCAGCACGGGGAGAAGGUUGAUCUGGGGCUGCGGGCUCAUCCGGGAGCGUGAGGCGCGCCGGCCCUACCGCAACAGCACCGAGGGCGAGGAGGGCGACAUCUCCGACGUGGGCUCCCGCACCACCGAGUCGGAGGCCGAGGGGUGGGAGCCUGAGGCGCCCGGCGCCUCCCGGCCCGUGAGCAGCUGCCGGCUGACAGCCAGGUCCGAGGGGGCGGUGGGCAAGGCGGGCCGGCUGGAGAAGGGCAGCCCGGGCCACUCCAGCGAGGUGAUCAGCCCCGAGAUCCUCAAGAUGCGGGCAGCGCUGUUCUGCAUCUUCACCUACCUGGACACCAAGACGCUGCUGCGCGUGGCUGAGGUCUGCAAGGACUGGAAGUUCGUGGCCCGGCACCCGGCCGUGUGGACACGGGUGCUGCUGGAGAACGCCAGGGUGUCCUCAAAGUUCCUGGCCAUGCUGUCGCAGUGGUGCACCCAGACACACUCCCUCACCCUCCAAAACCUCAAGCCGCGCCAGCGCGGGAAGAAGGAGAGCAAGGAGGAUUACAUGAAGAGCACACGGGGCUGCCUCGAAGCCGGGCUGGAGUCACUGCUGAAGGCCACGGGCAGCAACCUGCUGAUCCUGCGCAUCUCCCACUGCCCCAACGUGCUGACCGACCGCUCGCUUUGGCUGGCCAGCUGCUACUGCCGGGGCCUGCAGGCCGUCACGGACCGGAGCUCUACAGACCCUGUGGGUCACGAAGUCAUCUGGGCCCUUGGAGCAGGUUGCAGAGACAUCAUCUCUCUCCAGGUCGCACCUCUACAUCCCUGCCAGCAGCCAACGCGUUUCAGCAACCGCUGUCUUCAGAUGAUCGGCCGCUGCUGGCCGCACCUGCGGGCACUGGGUGUCGGAGGGGCAGGCUGUGGUGUCCAGGGCCUGGCAUCCUUAGCCCGGAACUGCAUGCGGCUGCAGGUCCUGGAGCUGGACCACGUGGCGGAGAUCAACCAGGAGGUUGCAGCAGAAGUGUGUAGAGAGGGAUUGAAGGGGCUGGAGAUGCUCGUGCUGACUUCCACACCAGUCACCCCCAAAGCCCUGCUGCACUUCAACAGUGUGUGCCGGAACCUGAAGUCCAUCGUCGUGCAGGUGGGCAUUGUGGACUACUUCAAGGAGCCCCACAGCCCAGAAGCCAAGAAGAUGUUUGAAGAAAUGGUGAACAAACUGCAGGCCCUGAGGAAAAGACCUGGCUUUUCCAAGAUUUUACACAUCAAAGUGGAAGGAGGCUGUUAGACCUUCACGGA